GUCGACGGGGGUCGGGCCGAGGCGCAGUACGCCGGCGCGAGGCGAGAGCGCGUGCCUCCGGUCCUCGUGGAAGCGGGCGCAGGCAUCACAUUGGUGUGAGCGAACGAGAGCGGCAGAGGCAGACAGCGGCUCAGUUCAGCGGUGGCAGCUACUCGUCCGUGAGCAGCCCGGCUCGGCCGCGCGUGCAUGUGUCGCCAAGUGCGCGCGCGCUUCGGAGGGAGACAGCACUGAGUGCGAGCGAGCGGCCGCGAAAAUUGGUCGCGCGAGCAGUGCAGUGCGAGUGCGCGCUCGUCGUAGGCGGCUCUACUCCCAGGCGCUCCGAGCGUCGUCGCGCUUCGUUGCGAGCCGCGCGAGUGCACUCGCGGACACUGCGACAGUCCGAGUCCGUCCAGAGCGCGGCGAGCAACGGUCGGGGCCCAGUGCGCCGUGCGUCGUGCAGGAGCGCGCCAAGGCCAAGGUGGUAGCGGCGGUAGCGACGAUAGCGACGAUCGGCGGCCGGCUGCAAUCGGCGUGCGCGGCGCAGGCGAAUGCGAAGGCGCAAGAGGGCGGCCUCGGGGCAGCUAGUGAGCGGCUCGCGCUGCAGCAUCAGCGGAGGUCGGCGUCGACGCCCGGCGGCGGCAGGGUGCAGCGCCAGCGCCAGCAGCAGCAGCAGCAGGCGGCCAGGCACAGAGCCGGCCGACAGGCGGGCGGCGGCGGCGGCUGCGGCUGCGGCGGCGGCGACGGCGACGGCGACGGCGACGGCGGCAGCGGCAGCGGCAGCGACGGCGGCAGCGGCAGCGGCAGCGGCGGCGGCGGCGGCGGCGGCCCCUGGCCCGGGCCCGUGAACAGCGCCCGCGAGCUCCUCUACUUCCUCGUGCACCUGCUGCUCGUGCGCUUCGUCUGGUCGGCGGCCGCGUGCUCGCUCUACUCGUGGCUGCGCCAGGCCCUCGGGCGGCUCGCCCCGGCCCGGCUCCACGUCGACAACAUCGCCCGCCACCAGCGCCAGCUGCUCGGUCCGCGCCACUCGUCCCGAGCCGACUGCUGCGCCUCCGCGCCCAGCCCGAUCGCGGGCUCGCCCGGCGCCGAGCCACUCGUGCCCAAGCUCCGGCCCCUCGAGGUCCAGGUCUCGCGGCGGCCCGAGCAGCCCUGCGCGAGAGCGCCUCGCCUCCUCGUGGCCAGACACCGGCAGCCCAGACGCAGGCGGCAGCCCGGCACCAUUCAGCAGUGGACCUGCCGCGCCCCAACGAAGCUGGACCGCUCCUCAAGACAUUUGGCGCAGUCAGUUCGCUGA